CCUGGACGUCCAGGAUCGGGUAAGACCAACUCGCGCUUGAAACCAACUCCUGUACCCUUCUACGUGAUCUGCACCUUUAAACUAGCUCCAUCCCAAACCGGACUCCGGAGGCACCACCCACAUCCGUCUAACAUCACUUCCUUCAGAGUUUGGGGAAAAAAAAAAAAAAAUUCUGGGAACGCGAGGAGUUGGGUUGAGCCGCGCUUGGGGAGCGGUGCGGACCUUCUAGGACUCCGGCCCUGUGUCCGCUCAGCCCAGUGGCCCGGCGCGCCUACUACCAUGGAGCUGCAGCCUCGACUCGGGGCCACCUGUUUGCUGGGCUUCAGUUUCCUGCUGCUCGUCAUCUCUUCUGAUGGACAUAGUGGGCUUGGAAGGGGUUUCGGAGAUCAUAUUCAUUGGAGGACGCUAGAAGAUGGAAAGAAAGAAGCAGCUGCCAGUGGAUUGCCCCUGAUGGUGAUUAUUCAUAAAUCUUGGUGUGGAGCUUGCAAAGCUUUAAAGCCCAAAUUUGCAGAGUCUACAGAAAUUUCAGAACUUGCCCAUAAUUUUGUUAUGGUAAAUCUUGAGGAUGAAGAGGAACCCAAGGAUGACGAUUUCAGCCCUGAUGGGGGUUAUAUUCCACGAAUUCUUUUCCUGGAUCCCAAUGGCAAGGUGCAUCCUGAAAUCAUCAACGAGAGUGGAAAUCCCAGCUACAAGUAUUUCUACGUCAGUGCUGAGCAAGUUGUUCAGGGGAUGAAGGAAGCUCAGGAGCGGCUGACGGGUGGUGCCUUCAGAGACAAACAUCUUGAACAUGAGCUGUAAUGUGAAUGUAUCCCUUCCUUCAUCAAAGUUAGAGUUCUGGAAGGAAAACAGCAGGGGAGGGGAUAUCGAGGGAUCACCCAGGACAGUUUGAACCGACCAGGAAACCUUGCUCCUGUCUACCCCGGGAGGAGCACGCUCACUGUGGGAGAGCUCUGCUACCAAAAGCUGCUCUGCGUGUGUGUGGAUUUAGCCGACUGUGGCAGACUCUCUUCUCCUGCUCCCUCUCGCCUAAAUGUCACUUUGUCAUUGAAUGUAAAGAAUGAAAUCUUUUGUCACAAAACUUGAGCCACCUGGAGGUUUACUCCUCACCGUUGAGUAUCUGAGUCUUUUCCCACUUCCGCUCACUUUAUUCACCUUAGUGGUGAAAGGAGACCAGUGGCAUCUUUUCUACAAUGUUAAAAGUGCAGAAAUAGCUUAUCAAUUUUCUUUUUAACAAUAAAUCCUAAAUGUAAAUCAGUAAUUCUGCCCCCUAUGUAGGAGACCAGCCUUUUUUUUUUUUUUUCUCCUGGGAAUAAUUGUGGGCUUCUUCCCAAAUCCCUGCAACCUCCUUCCUUUUCUCUGCCUGGGCCUCCCUGUCUGCACGCACGUGUGUGCGGGAGCGGCGUGUGCGUGGACACAGCUCCAGCUGGAAGCAUGCUUUCCCUCCUCACCGUUGGAGAAAUCAAAUCUUCCAGCGCUAGGUGUAGCCAUUUUGUCAAGUCAGCAACUGUAUUUUUGUACUCAGGUUAAUAAAAGAGAUAAAAUAUUGUUCCAUUAAGCAUUAAUAAAACUUUAAAAGGAA